UGGAUGAUCGCACAAGCAGGAAGAGCUGACCAUACACAGAUAGUGAGAGAGAGAGAGAGUGAGAGAGAGAGAGAAUCCAGCACUCUCAACUCGUACUGAUAGAAGACAAACUGCAGAGCCUCUGCUGCACUCUUUCCACACUGUUAAGUGGAAGUACUUCUAAAAACCCGACGUUACUUUGCCCCCCCUCCCCCACCCCCGAGGACAUUUUUGUUUCUUUAUCAAAUAAAUUGGGAUAUUCUGUGUGACAUGUUGCCCUCAUUUCUGCGAGAAUCGUGGCUUUCCUCUGAGUGCUCUUUGAACGUGCAGUGCUCUGGCUGUUCCCUGAUAAAGGUUGUUGGGGUUCUUCACAAGGAAUGACUGAGCGCUGAGGAACCAGGAUUGUGUGGGACACUUGUAAAGAAACAUCAGGAAGCAGAAGAGAGAAAACUGAUCAAGAAACCAUAAAGGAAAGAGAGAAAAGCAAGGAACAAACAAAUAAAGAUAAAACACUUUUUGGGUGCAAAAUGGAUCGCCCUCCUUUUAGGGGUUUAUCUGAUGUGCCCUGAUAUUGGUCAACCUUGCAACUCAGCCCCUACCUUCGUGGCCCUGGCAGCAGAAUGGAUCCAGUACCUCCUUUUCGGAUGGACCCUGAAGGCCUGGAUCUUCAACAGGUCCCUGUAUUAUCCAUUGACCAGAUCCGCGCUAUAAGGGCUAGUAAUGAUUACGUAGAGCGCCCUGUGGUGCUGGAACCUGCCUCUCAGGUUGGCAUCUUCUAUGCACACGAUGAGCGACAUUCUCAGAUGCCUCGCAGUCAAAGUCAGCAUCAACAUUCCCACUUGGCGCACUUGAGCCGUUCCAGUACCGUCAGCUCGAUGUCCCGUGGCAGUGCUGCCUCAGAUCAGAGACUUCUCACGGGACUAACACCAUCCCAUUCUGGUCUGGCCACUGUGGUUAGGUCCCAGCCCAAAGGUGACUUGAAACCGGACUCACUAGGCAAAGGACUGGCUGACGGCGAGGACUUAGGACUGCACCUCUUCAUCUGUGAACACUGUGGUCGCUGCAAGUGCCAGGAGUGCUGUGCUCCUCGAAGUUUGCCCUCAUGCUGGACCUGUGGCCAGCGUUGCUUGUGCUCUGCCGAAAACAUCUUGGAAUAUGGCACUUGCCUGUGCUGUGUCAAAGGUCUGUUCUACCACUGCUCUGCGGAUAAAGAGGACAACUGCGUUGACCGGCCCUGCUCCUGCGCCCCGGCUCAUGCCUGCUCUCGUUGGAGCGCCAUGUCCUUUUUGGCUCUCUGCCUGCCCUGCCUGUGCUGCUACCCCCCUGCCAAGCUGUGCCUUACCCUGUGCCAGCGUGGCUAUGACCACGCCAAUCGUCCUGGCUGCAGAUGCAGCAACACCAACACUGUGUGCCGCAAGAUCUCUGCCACCAAUCCUGCGUCCUUUCGCAAAACCCUGGAGAAGCCUGUAUGACAGGUUGGAUGAGCCUCUUGUAUUCCUUCUUGAAGUGCUCAAUGAACUGACCUUCUCUAAACCAAUCAGGCCUCCCUGGAUCAUGUCCAUCCUUAUGCACACUCCUUCCCCUUUUUAGUAAACCUUUGUCUAUUUAUUUAUGUAUUUAUAAGAUUUUCCUAGAUAGGGUUGGGUGAUGCGGACCAUAUGUAACACGAACAGGAAGUAAGCUAUCCGAAAAUACAAAGGCUGUAUUGGAUAAAUGAAUCAUCUACAGGCUUGGAUGGCAUUGUGAAAGUUAGUCUUAGUCUUCAACCUUGGGCAAACUGUUGGCAAGCUGGCUCACUUUAGAUUCUACAUGGAUAAAGGGGUGCUGGUUAGGGAGAAACAAGAGCCUAACCAGAAAUUCUGACAGUGUAAGCCAAUUUUGUUUGACACCAAAAAAUGGGACCAUUUGAAAUUAGAAUAUUAAGCUCACCUAAGAGGGAUGUGUUGUAAGAGAGGCAGUCAAAAGAGACACUGUGUGUUAAUGAGACUGUGUAAGGAGAGACUAAGGUAAAAUGUGUGUAUGUGUGUGUGUGUGUGUGCAUGUAUGUAUGUCUAUGUGUGCAGUCUCAGGCCGGCAUCUGUAGUCAGCAAAAGCCUCUCCUUUUAUUUUUAGAGGAGCUGCUCUAAAAAGAUAAAGUGUCUGGUCAGGUUUCCAGCUCAGGGCAGCCUGACGCCAACUGCUCCUCAACUCUUCUUUCUCUGCUGCACAUUGUGCUUUCCAACUGCUGAUAGGAUCCUUGACCUUUUAUGCAUCCAACCACGCUGUGGGACCAAACAUCAUAAGUGACUGUCUGUCCACCUUGACAGUGCUCUCAGGAUGAGAUACAAGCCAUUACAUAGAGAGCUCUUGGACAGAUUGGCCAGAAAAACCAGUAGGAUCAUGUCAAUGCAGAAUAUGAAGGAUUUUCUAUAAGAUAAGCUUUAGGUUAACAUGAAACCCUCUGCCCUGAGCAGUAUCAGUAAAAUAAAGCCAUUGGGGGUCCUCUUAUUCUGCCAUACAUGGGCCAUGAGCAUCUCUAAGGACUUUGACCUCUCCUAACUGGCUCCAAGAGCUUCUCUUAUCAGCCCUGAAUGAUCCACAGGAAGUGAGGUAAAAGGAGACUACUGUGUAAGCUGACAGGAAGAUGCAAUUGUACUGAGACAAGGGCAUAGUCACCUGACCAGAACUGGACUGGCAUCCAAAACUAGGAUGUAUUAUGAAUAAAAUCUGAUUCAAGUGUGUGUUCCUCCCCAAUAAUGCACAUCCUUGUGAGUUCCUUUGCUAUAUUUUUGUAUAUACAUAGAAUUGUUAUUGUAUUUGUAUUUUUAUUCAAUUUGGUUUAAUCUGGUUGUUAUUAUUAUUACUGUUAUUUUAUAUUACUGUUGGACCUUAACCUUAACCUUAACCUUGUCAGAGGCCUGGCUAAUUCUUAAGACUAACAAAAAGGCUGAUUUUUUAUCGUGGAGGAGAGGUCCCUUGAGGGUAACACUUUUUUAGCAAAAUCUUAAUAUUCUUGAUUUUGGUUGCACCUUUUCAAGCCCUUAUCACAAAUUGUUUUUGCUCUAAAACCAAAAGCAAUUCAUUACACAUAUUUCCACAUACAACAAAGCAUUGCAAAACACAAGAGACUUUACGCUAUGUGCAAAAUUUCUAGGUGCAAAACAGCCCAGAAUUGAAUGUUGAAAACAUUUUGCUUUAUUCAGACAAAAUCUAAACAGCCAGAAAUGUAUGUUUCACAAAUAUACAGUAUAAGACAAAAGAUCUUAAGAAAUGUAUGUCUAGUUUAGGGAUAGUUUCAGAACCUAGACAUAUUGUCUAUACUUUUGCUGGCACGACAGUGUAGAAAACAUGCAUCAAUAUCCAAAUCAAUGGUAAGCUUUAAAAGCAAACGAUGACAGCCCUGUACAGUGUGAAAUAGUAAGAGGGGACCUCUCCUCCACAGCUGCAUCCCAAAAGAAUGGUUUCUCUGGAGAGGCCAUGAUAUGGAUAUAGGUUUCAAUGUGAAGGUACAUGCAAUUUACUGGUGCUCUCCACAGUCUCUUUAAGUUAACCACUAAACAUUCACCAUGUUGUAUUAAUAAGUAUUGCUUUGGUACAUUUGGCAUCUUGUAAGUUGUAAAAGAAUUAAAU